GAGGAUGAGAUUGAAGCAACCGUGUGACGUCAUCGACGCGCGCCACGGCCGGCCUUCGAGAUGGGCUCGACUUGUGAGCCUUGAUUUUUGUCAGACAUCUCAUCUUAUCAACUUAUUUUCCUCACACCGACGUCUGUUCGCGAUGACAAUUGGGGGAGAGCCAUCAGCGGAAGUCAGCCCGGGGAUUUCAGAGCUGGUUUCUGUGAGGCCCCACUGGCUUGCAAGUUUUAGCUCCUGUGCCAUACAGUGAAGACAGUUUCUCGGCCAGAGUGUUGCAAUGAAACCAGCUCAGGAGCGCAACCAGGAGUGCCUGCCUCCUAAGAAGAGGGACCUCCCUGUUAGUAACUGUGGUGGAUCUGCAGGUACUGCGGGAGUUGGAUUGGCACUGGGUGGAAUAAGUGGUGGUGGUGGUGGUGGUGUCAGUAGCGGUGUCGGAGAGGAUGAAAUGGGUUCCAUCCAGAACUCUGCAGCCAUCAGUGAUUCUCAGACUUCCCCUCCUUCUGGAGAGUGGCUGCGAGCUCAGCCAGGACUUCACUUUGGAAUGGACACUUCUGAGAGCAUACCAGCAGUGCCAGUAGACCAGUACAGUAUGCUUUAUAAAGUGGCUGUACCAUCUGUUACAUACUCGCCCACCAGUCCUCACCCAGUUUUAAGCCACAUCUCCCCAACAUACACUGUACACUCUCCACUCUUGCAGCAUCCAGGCCUUCCUUAUCCUCCUUUGGGUUACGCCCAGCUCCCUCAUUCCUCCCUGCAGUUUGUCAGCUCCCCAUAUGGACCAUUACCCUACGCUUUAACCCCCGGCUUCGUCCCUGGUUCAUUAAUCUCCCCCUCAGGCAGCAUCCCUCAGGCCCACCUGGUUCCUUACCCGUCUGUCAUACAAGAAGGUGUGGUCUCCCCUCCUCCACAGGCUCAGGUAGCCGCUCAUACUUUUCCCAAAGUGUCAGCUCCCGGCGGCGUCCCGCUAAUGUUGCCUUCAGAGCAGACCGCCCAGCAGCACCUUGGUGCCGUCGGAGUCCUGUCCGCGUCCGAGCUUAGCUCACGGGUGAUGCCGGUCUUCUAUCACCCUCAGGGUGGUGCAAGAGCUGCCACCACCACCACCACCUCCACCUCCUACAGGGACCCCCACAGUGGGUUGCAGGAAAAGGAGCCAGAGGUGAACGGCAAGGAUAAAGAUCAAGCAGCUCGAGAGGUCGCACCGGACUACCAUGGAAGGAAUGCACGUUUGCAACAGGGCGCGGCCAUCUCUGCAGCGCACGACUCCAACCAGAAACGCAGGCUGAGCUCACCGGGCCAGCGUAGCACUCCAGACAGUGACUUGGAGGUGCAGCAGAUGGUUGGCAGUUGGAUCUCCAGCCAAAGUUCUGCCGGAGGGCGCAAGGAGGUCUCUUUCACUCCUUUGAAUCUCUCUCAGAGUGUCCAGAGAGCCAGAGACAUCCAUGUAGAGAACACUUCUGGCCGUGCUGCAUACGUUGCCCAGCCUGUGAGCUACAGCGACCCCAGAGUGACAAACCUCCAGCAGCACCAACAAGCAGGGCAGCCUGCUCAUGCUGUCAUGCUAGCCAAUGGGCAGCCGGUGUUAAUCCCUAUGGAAUAUCACCCACAGCAGCACUAUUCAGCACAGGAUCACGAUGGCUCUCCUAAACCCAGCUUUAAAGUGUCAGGUCCUUCAUCCAGAGCGUGCCUGCCUGAUAGGGAUGUGAGCAAGCCAACGGCCGCUCAGCCACCUCAGCCUGCUGUCCAGCUCUCUGCCGAGGUGACCCAGGCCUUAUCUUCCGGCACCGUCCUCGCGCCGGCUCCCAGCAGCCCAUCGCACUUCAUGAAGGGAGCCAUUAUUCAGUUGGCCACCGGGGAGCUGAAGCGUGUGGAAGACCUGCAGACUCAAGACUUUGUGCGGAGCGCCGAGCUGAGCGGGGGCCUCAAGAUUGACUCCAGCAUGGUUGUGGACAUCCACGCUAACCAGCAGAGGCCUGGCCUUGUGACGCUGCACUUUACCGUGGGUGAGCAGCAGAGCAAAGUGACCAUCGACGUUCCUCCGGAGCACCCCUUUUUUGUUUUCGGUCAAGGCUGGUCGUCCCACAGCCCGGAGCGCACCACUCAGCUCUACGGCUUGGCCUGCCAUCAGAUGCAAGUAGGAGACGUGUGCGUGUCCAUCACCCUGCAGCAGCCUCCACAGCAGCAGAAAGCAGCGCAACACAAUCAUCCCCAGCAGCAGAUCCUGUCCAGAACAUUAAGCAAAACUGCCACCACGUCAGAACCUACUCACCAGCUCAUGGGGCCACCUGCUCCGCAGCAGUCCCGCCCUCAGGCUCAUUUCAGGAUAGAGCGCACGCACAGAGACAGGCCCAGGGAGGCAGACAGAGACAACAAGGAAGAAGCCACGCACCCUGAACCCCCCGUUAGACCGAGUCGGACCUCAGGUGAGCACGCUAAGAGUCAGAGCGGCUACCAGUUGCACACAGACGCCUCUGCCUUCGCGGAUGCGGCCAUGGGGGCCAUGCACAGGCGCUGGUCCUCUCCUGGCCUCCAAAGAUACAACAUGAAGGGAGACACAGUUCCUCAAAUCAGCACAUCUGGACACAUCCGACCCUCGUUCAUCCCCCAGGAGGUCAAACUCUCCAUUGAGGGACGCUCUAAUGCAGGGAAGUAGCAUCAUCAUCAUCUUUUUUUAUGAGCAACUAGUUGGUGUUAUUAUCAUGACAAGGGCAGGAAAAAGAGAAUGUAGGCUGAGAAGAUUUUUGCACAUCCAACUAGAAAAAAAAUCUUCUGUGUCGCCACGUGCAAAGGAGAACUUUGGAGUUUCCCCAGUAGGUUUGUCUUCUCUGUCACCACUUCCUUAUUUGGAACAUCCUCGCUUGCUAAUUGGACGAGCCUGCGAUGACUCUGGAUCGUGGUCAGAUCUCAAAAGCCUAACCAUUCCUGAGAUUGUGUUUCUUCUUUUUUAGGCAUUGAACUUAAACAAGGACAUUUGUUGUUGUUCUUUGACAUUAGCUGUCAGCGCACCUUAUAGGAGGACAACAAAGUGUCACACUUGUCUUACAAUCCAGUUAGUGAUCAAACAAUCAGUGUCUUUACUUACACACACACACACACACAAACACACACACACACACACACACACUUUUGCCCACUAACACUUUUGUGUGUUAUUUCAACAUGAGUACAACAGACUGGAAUAAAGACGAGUCUCUAGAGCAGGGGUCAAAGGACAACUUUUCUCCAUAUUGGAUCACUUUGUCAUUGUCUGGUUGCUGUUACGUUUUCUUUUCACACAAGUUAAGCUAACUUGAGUUGACAACCCAAAAUGCGAUGUACAAUAGAAGACAACUGUUGUUUCGGUAGACCCCUGCUCUCGUCAGAUGUUCUAUUCCAGUAUGAUUAGUGAACAGCCUUGUGCUCCCUUGGUGUACCUCAGACAGCUGUUUUUACAAGGUUCGUCUCUUGAAUGCAUUGAUUUGCCUAGGAUGCAAUAGUAAGCAAUAUUGUCCCCUUAUCCCCCACCAGCAGCGGCAGUGUGUCUGUUACGUUUUCAGGUGAUGCACCCGCUCCAUCUUCUUACACUGAGACCUUUCUUCUCGUCCUUUGUUUUACUCUUGUCCGUCGUACCUUCCACCUUUUUGUACCAGCACAUUGCUCGAUUAAUUGAUUUGAUUCAGUCCUUGGUUAAUUCUUCGGUUCAUUUGUUUGGUUCAUUCCUAGGUUCAUUGCUUUGGUUCAUUCCCUAGGUUCAUUGCUUUGGUUCAUUCCAAUGUUCAUUGCUUUGGUUCAUUCCUAGGUUAUUUGCUUUGGCUCAUUCCUAGGUUCAUUGCUUUGGUUCAUUCCUAGGUUAAUUCCUUGGUUAAUUUCUAGGUUAUUUGCUUUGGCUCAUUCCUAGGUUCAUUGCUUUGGUUCAUUGAUUUGGCUCAUUCCUAGGUUCAUUGCUUUGGUUCAUUCCUAGGUUAAUUCCUUGGUUCAUUCCUAGGUUCAUUGCUUUCGCUCAUUCCUAGGUAAAUUCCUCGGUUCAUUGGUUUGGUUCAUUCCUAGGUCAAUUCCUUGGUUCAUUGCUUUGGUUUAUUGCUUUGGUUCAUUCCUAGGUUAAUUCACCGGUUCAUUGGUUUGAUUAAUUCCCAUGGGUCAUUGCUUCAAAGGGACUACAUUUAGACUUAUGUUUACUAAUCAGCCAAGAUGAAUGCUGCACUUUCCUCACUCCUAUCAAUAAGUGCAAUUAGGUCGCACACAGAAUCAUUUGGAGGUUUGUAAUCAGGCGACGCACACAUUCCUACUGAAAAAACAAACAAAAAAACACCUGACUGUUGUGUUUAUGCUUUUUAACGUAGUCUCUCCUGGCUGUUUCGCUGUUAGUUUGGAUCGAAAUGUGGAUCAUGCAACAUCCUCCAUUGCCGGACCCUUAUUUGUUACGCUUAGCUACGGGGUUUUAAUAGUGUUGUCCUUCUAUGCAGUAAACACUUAGCUCAUUGGCGUCAUUUGGACAUUUAAAAGUGUCCCCUGUGACAUUACCUCUUGCCCAGCAGGGGGCGCCUGAGUUGAAGCGGCUGUCACUGUGAGUACUUGCACUAAAUGUCUCCUCUUGGUCGGCAGUGUUGUUGCUUUAACCUAAAGAGUCACAACAGCAGGAAUACCCAGGUUGUGUGCGUUGAUUAUGUAGUUGUUUGUUGCCUUAACUUCUGCUUUGUGUGUGUGUGUUUGUGUGUGUGUGUGUGUGUGUGUGUGUGUGUGUGUGUGUGUGUGUGUGUGUGUGUGUGUGUGUGUGUGUGUGUGUGUGUGUGUGAGAGAGAGAGAGAGAGAGAGAAUCAACAUAUUUGAGGCUGACAUUGCUUGGAAGCAGAAAUUGGGACAUUGAAUAGACUAAAGUAUUUGUGACACCUUGCUCUGUUCUCUUGAAGCUGCAGUAGUCAAUAACAUAUUGCUAAAGUGAAGAAGAUAUGAAUUGAUGAGUGGGGGGGUGUCCCAAUACAUUGGUCCAUAGAGUGUAUGCCGAUGUCUCCCAAAGCGGUUUUUCAAACCCACCAGGGAAUCCGCAACAAAGUCAAAGUUGUGUGUGCUCAUAUUUUUGUGUGCUUGCUUCUCAUCCAGCAAAAACUUGAAUGGCGUCUGGUGGCAGACUGGAACGUGGGUUUGUGUUUGUGUUUGUGUUUGCGUUUGCGUGCGUGCGUUGAUGGUGGUCUAGUUCCUGUUGUUUAGCCAUUUUAUUCAAUUUUUUUCUUUUUUUUUAAAUUUCAAUGAGGAAAACAAAAUACAACGGUUGAAAGUUUUAAAAAAGUGUGUGUUUUCCACUUUGGAUGGAUUUGUUGUACUUUUUGGCACAAGAUGACACUGCUUUUUCAUGUGAUGUUAAACUGAAAGAUAGAAAAAAAAUAUAAAAACGUGUUUGUUUUUUCUCCCAAAAUGCCUAAAUCUGCAAACUAUAUGCAAAGAUGUAAAUGUAACAUUGAAUCCUCAAGUAUAAUCCAGGUUGUAUGGACUUUGUACCGUGAUUUUUAAUAUCGUAUGGUCGUACCAAUCUGUAUUGAUCUUUUAUCAGAAGCCUUAUAGAGUUUUGUCCACCCAAAGUGUACCCUUAGACUUUACCCUACAUGAAUUUAACAAAGCAUUAAUAUUUCUAUUUUGUUUGCUUUUUUAAUUAUUUUUUGUACUUUUUUUGGAUAAAUUUAGAUUUGUACUGUAUAUUUGUACCUCUGUGAACUACUUUAGGGCUGUUUUGUUAUUUUGUAUUUUUAUUUGUGUUGUUUGUUUGCCUGUUUUCUUUUUAUGUACUUUUAAAGACACAAAGAUAUUGUAUUUUUAUUGUUACAGCUAACUUGGAGACGUUGCAGUUAUGUUAUGUCCACACAAUAUAAUAUAUAUAUAUAUAUAUAUACACACACAUAUAUACAAAUAUAAACUAUUAUCAAAAUUG